AUGUUACGACCGUAAACAAACUAAUAAGAAAAAAACAUAUUCAAUUUAAAUAGUGUUUAUUUAUAAUAAAUUGUUAGUUAAGGUUGGAAAGUAAUUAUUAGAUAUAAUAAAUUAGAGAUAUGAAACAGAUUUUGAAGAGAUAGAAACUCUACUGAAAGGCACUUAUUAUUAGGUUGUAAAAGUGAUUAAUAAAAUUGAUUAAUAAGUGUAUGCUAUAAAAUAGGUAAAACAUGCAUCUAUAAUAAGAUUCAAAUUUGUUUAAAAAAGCAAUAAUAAAUGGAAAUAAACAUAUAAAGAGUAUUAAAAGAAGUUAGAUAUUUGGCUUAAUUGAAUCAUCCAAAUAUAAUGAGGUAUUAUACUUCAUGGAUUUAAAUGAAUGAGGAUGAAUAAGAAUUACAAUAGAUGACUACAAAUAAUUCAAUAAAAAUGAUUGAUAUUUUAAGUCCAUUGAAAUCACCAUCUUAUAAGAGAGGAAUAUACGAUGAUCAAUUUAUAUUUCCAAGUUAAUUUAGCAUAAAAUAUUUUAGAAUAAAUAGAUAAUAAAUCAAGCAAAGAAAGAAUUAGUUAUUCAGAAGUUGAAUCAAGUGAUUCUGAAUCAAGUGAGACAUAAAGUGAUAGAUUUUUUAGUGAAUAAAAAUAAAAAAAUAAAAGUUUAAAGAUUAGUACUUAAAUAAUAAGUAAAUCAUGUGGUUAAAAAUAAUUACAUGUUGAUAAAUUUACAAUAUUUAUAUAGACAGAAUUUUGUGAUUAAUCUUUAUGUAAUUAUUUAAAAGUAAGAAAUACAUUAUUACAACAGAAUAUAGAAUAAUAAGAAUAUUAAUUAGAAUAAUCAUAUGAAAAUGCAUUAAUAAUAUCAUUAAAUUUAAUAUCAGCACUUGAAUAUAUUCAUUAACAAUGUAAAUUAGUUCAUAGAGAUUUGAGACCAGAUAAUAUUUUUAUAAAUAAUGAAAAUGAUGUAAGAAUAGGUGAUUUUGGAUUAAUGAAAAAAAUUAAAUAAUUAUUAGUUUAAAAAGAAUCCUCAAAAUAACAAUAUGGUUUUAUUGAAGAAAAUACUCCAUUUAAUAAAUCUUCUGAUUAAAAAAUAUAUGUAGCUCCUGAAUUAUUAGGAGAAAACAUAAAUAAGUAAUAUGAUAAUAGAAUUGAUAUUUAUUCUUUUGGUUUAAUUCUAUUAUUACUAUUUUAUCCAACAUUUUCAUAAGAAAGUUAAAUGUAAUUAUUAUUGGAUGCAAAAGAAUCAAAAACUCUUCCACUUAGAUUUAUAUAAAGAAAUCCUAUUGUUAGUGAUAUAGUAAUAAGAUGUUUAGAUAAAGAUCCUAAUAGAAGAUAUAGUUUAGAUUAUAUAAAAAGGAAAUUAUAGGAAGUUCAUUAUUAAUUAGAAAGACAAUAAAGAAUGAAUUGUAUUGAAUUAGGAAUUUAUAAAAUAAAAUUUGAGGAUGAAGAUAUUGAAUAAUUAAAGUAAUAUUAUAAAUUAUAUUAGAUAUUUGAAAUUGAUAGAUAGUUAAUUAUAUUUAUUUAAAUCUAAACUUCAUAAAAAAGCUUAGGCAAUAUAUAAUAUUAUUGAGUGUUAGAUUAGAGUGAUAGAGAAUACUAUAGUAAUUUUUCAUGAAUAAUUAACAACAAUAAGUAUAAUUCUUAAUGAUGAAGAAGAAACAUAAUAAUUGAAAUAAAAAUUAUUAUUAUUAAAAUGA